AUAUAAACGGGUCCCGGGACCUUGGGAUGCACAACUCCGGCAUCCCAGCAUCGUCUCUCCAGCACCGUCGCAGGAUGCAGUUCGAGAUGAGCGACAACGUCAAGGGCAAAGCCAUGUCCUACCCGGUGACCAGCCAGCCCCAGAGCAGCAGUCAGUGCUACCAGAGCCAGCUGAGCGACUGGCACACGGAGCUGAGCGACUGCUGCAACGACAUGCCCAUCUGUCUGUGCGGGACCUUCACCCCCCUGUGCCUCGCCUGCCGCAUCGCCGAAGACUACGGCGAGUGCUGCUGUACCCCCUACCUCCUGGGCAGCCUCAACUCCAUCCGCACGGGCAUGAGGGAACGCUACCACAUCCAGGGCUCCGUGCCCCAUGACUGGGCGGCGCUCACCUUCUGCCUCCCCUGCUCCCUGUGCCAGAUGGCCCGGGAGCUGAAGAUCCGGCAGUGAGGACCCGCCUCUCCCCCCAAUCCCGGCCCCCUUCCCAAGCCUCCAGUCCUUUCCCACCCCAGCGUCCUGGCCCCAUCUCCUCCACCGACGCCCCCAA